CAUCCUUCCCUGCCCAUAAUCCUUCAGUUGUGCCUGUGUGUGGAUGCUCUGCAGGUUUCCAAAGUGAUCCAUGAGUAAACGGACAGAUCAGCUUGGAUCUGAGCUCAGCAGCUUCAGUCAGACUCGUCCCGGUGUGAAUUCUGAAGGCAAGGGAUGCUGGGAACCUGGAGUUUCACCAUGAAAACACACAACACCUGAAACUGCGUCAGACGGACGGAAAGACGUUUCUUCGUUUCACACCAGUGCUGUUUUAGAGUGGCUGAACCUGCCAUUCUGAGCUUUUACCAAUUAUUUUCACAGAUACUAAAAUAUUCAAUUCCUUUUGGCUCAAGUCCACACGACUGACUGAACCUCUUCAUCUGCAGUACAUCAUUAGUGCAGAGCUGAGUCUCAUCUUUGAAAGGCAGAAUGGCGGACCCUUACCAGAACAACAUAUACCACCAGGGGGGUGGAGACAGAUACGGGACGUAUGGAGAAGGAGGUGGCCAUGAUGGGUAUGGCUAUCAGGCAGACUACUCCCCUCAGGACGAAGAUGCAGCGAGCGACGCCACCGAAGGACACGAUGAAGAAGAUCAGAUGUAUGAAGGAGAGUAUCAGGGAAUCCCACAUCCUGAUGAGAUGAAGGCUGCGCAGAGAGCUGCACGGGCGAAGGACAGAUCAGCCGGCAGCGCCGUUUCUGAACUUGAGGAGCUGGCGGAACAGUAUGAGGACAUCAUGGAGGACUGUGGCCACGGACGUUUCCAGUGGACUCUCUUCUUGGUGCUGGGUUUGGCUCUGAUGGCUGAUGGGGUCGAGUGUUUUGUGGUUGCAUUCGUUCUGCCGUCUGCAGAGAAGGACUUGUGUCUGUCCAACGCAGAGAAAGGAAUGCUGGGUUUGGUUGUCUUUCUGAGCAUGAUGGUGGGAGCGUUCCUGUGGGGUGGCCUGGCAGAUAAAGUGGGCCGCCGGCGCUGUUUAAAGGUGGCUCUCGGGAUAAACUGCAUCUUUGCCUUCCUUUCAUCGUUUGCUCAGGAUUAUGGUUUCUUCCUGUUCUUCCGGCUGCUCUCUGGCAUCGGGAUUGGAGGCACUGUGCCCAUUGUUUAUUCCUACUUCUCAGAGUUCCUUCAGAUGGACAAAAGAGGGGAGCAUCUAUCCUGGCUCUGCAUGUUUUGGAUGAUUGGAGGCAUCUAUGCCUCCUUCACAGCCUGGGGAAUCAUCCCCAGUUAUGGUUGGGGCUUAAGCAUGGGCACAGAGUUUCAGUUCCACAGCUGGCGGAUCUUUGUCCUCGUUGCAGUUCUUCCUGCUGUUGCCUCUCUGAUUGGACUCCUUUUCAUGCCUGAAAGUCCUCGCUUCCUGCUAGAGAAUGCCAAACACGAUGAGGCGUGGAUGAUCCUGAAGCGGAUCCAUGACACCAACUGGAGAGCCAAGGGUCAACCAGAGAAGGUCUUCACUGUGACUCACAUCAAAGCUCCAAAGACGGCAGAGGACGAGUUUAUUGAAAUCCAGAGCUCCACAGGGACUCCUGUGCAGAGGUGGGCCGUGCGCUCCCUCACACUCUGUAAACUGGUGCUGAGAAACAUGGCGUCUCUGCUGUCUGCAGAGCUGAGGUUGGCCACACUCUUCAUGGCUGUCAUAUGGUUCUGCAUUGCUUUCAGUUAUUAUGGUCUCUCUGUGUGGUUCCCUGACAUGAUCAAACACCUGCAGUAUGAAGAGUAUGAAGCUAAAGUAAAGAUGUUCCACAGAGAACGAGUGGAGAACUUCCAUUUCAACUUUUCUCUGGAGAACCAGAUCCACAUUCAAGGGGAAUACAUCCGAGACAAGUUCAUCAGUAUAGAGAUGAAGUCAGUGAAGUUUGAGGACUCUCUCUUUGAAGACUGUCGCUUUGAAGACAUCAGGUCCACAGACACAGUGUUUGAGAACUGCACCAUCCGCUCCACCGUCUUCUACAACACAGAUCUGUGGGAGGAGAAGUUCAUUGACUGUAGGAUGGAGAAUGCCACCUUUGAGCACAACAAACAUGGCUGCCACCUGGACACCAUGAGGGAGAAUGACGUUCUCAUCUACCUGGUCAGCUUUCUGGGCAGUCUGGCAGUGUUGCCAGGCAACAUCAUCUCUGCGCUCUUUGUGGAGAAGGUCGGCAGAGUGAAGAUCAUAGGUGGAUCCAUGCUCAUUUCUGCAGGAUGUUCCUUUUUGCUGUUUUUGAGCUUCAGCCAGGCAGCCAUCAUUGUUCUGCAGUGUCUGUUCUGUGGCGUCAGUGCGGCGGCGUGGAACGGCAUUCAGGUGGUGACCGUGGAGCUUUACCCCGCAUCAAAAAGGGCCACAGCGUUCGGAUUGUUGAACGCUCUCUGUAAGCUGGCUGCCGUGCUCGGCAGCUCCAUCUUUGCCAGCUUUGUGGGGGUCUCCAAAGCCAUCCCUAUCCUGCUGUCCUUCUCAGCGUUGGUGUGCGGCGGUCUGGUGGCCCUCAAGCUCCCUGACACGCGGCAGAAAAUCCUUCACUGAGGGUUGUGGAGGUCCAGAGAUGGAGUAGGGGAAGCAGGGGGAUCUGAACAUUUCAGCUUCCUGUUGGAAGCUGUUUGACUUCCUCCUGGAAACAAGUCAGCUGUUCAUGCCAAACGCCAAGCUCUAGUUUCUUCAUGUGAACCGUCAUUUGUAAAGAUUUAACAGGGGGGUGGGGAAAAUUGUAGCUCAACUGUGAUCCUUCAACAUUUCCAAAAAGCCAUUUAGAGACUGCAGUGACCACCCACUGGGGACAAUAAUAAAUGGAGGUACUCUGAAGUUUGCAAUAACAAGAUCCAUCGCUUGUCGCUGUCUGUCUCUGCCGCUCCAUGCAUGAGCAAGAACCAUCACCUUCCAGCUGUUUCAUCAAAACAUCUGCUUGUGUUGAAGCUGUGAAAGACACUUCCGGUCCUCAAUGUUAGUACUAAUGCACUGCUGCUGUAGUUAUCACAGUUUACUUGACUUCCUUUACAUAUAACAGACCUGCAUCAGUGAGCUUUGAAAGCCUGAAACAGUGGAAGCAGCAGCCUACACAACUAUUUGUGAUGGGGAAGCAACGACAAAACAAUCUGCUUAAAAAACGUUUUGAUUCUGGACGUAAAAUGAUCAAUAAUAUUUUAGUGAAGGUGCAUCCACAAUUGUGUUUUAUGGUUUAGUAGCUGGAAAAAAGGGAGCACCUUAAUAACUAUUCAUUUAUGAAAUGUAAAACGUGUGUCCUAAAAGCUAGAAGUUUGAGCUUAGUUUAGGAAUCAUGUCAGAGAAGGUUAGAGAAAACUCUUUCUGAGUUUCUGAAGAUUCACUGGUUCAGUGAUCAACUGUUGUUGGGGCUGCUUCCAUCAUAAAAAGAUUCUUCAGCUUUUUUGAGUGAAAGAAGGGAUAUUUCUGUGUUUUCUUUAAAACACUGAUGUUCACGUGGCUUUGUUCAGUGGUGAGGAAAAGACAACCUUUCGUGUGUUUUUGAAAAACGUUGGUUCUCUACCUUUGUUUCUGUGAGAUGUGUAAAUCAUUUCUGGAUGUUUUUGGGUUUGUCUAGCUUUUCAAAGAUUGAACAACUUGUAAAAAGGGGCAGGACAACUUUGACCUCUGCCUCUCUGCUAUUUUAUUGCAGCUGCUGCUGCUGUCAGACUGUGUGUGUCGGCAUAAACUUGUUCUGUUCAGACGGCUUCUUUGUAAUCGCUCCUGCUGAAACAUCUUAGACAUCCUGCAGGUUCCUGGUGAAGACAGGGUGUAAACUGCAUCUGGUUUUUCCUCUGUAGACUAACUGGCAUAGUCCGGCAUUUUCAUCCCCUCAGUCUAUAGCCCUGCAUCUCAUCAGGUAUCGAUUUAUCUCGCGAUGCGCUGGCGUUACCGAUCGGCUGCUUAUCUGUUUACUGACGUAGUUUGUGUCUUGUGUCGUGUGUCCCGCAUGACAACCUCCACCUCUAUGUACUGGAGCUCACUGAUGCUCCAUACAAAAAAUAUAUACAUGUGAGUGUGAUUGUUUAGUCUGGUUCGAGUUGUCAGAUCUGAUCUCCUGGGUGUGUUGAUUAUUUAUGUAUUUAUUUAUUUUGGCAUUCUUGCUUGUGUUUCCUUCUUAUUUAAUUCUGAUCGUGAAACCAUGAUCUUUAUAAGUGAUUACAGCACCAAGCGGGGAAGGAAAGUUAAGCAAAAUUUGCAAAAUAGUCCAACUUUUUUAGCAACUUCUGCAUUUUAGCAACAAAUCAAAACAACACAGAAGAUUUCUGUGAUUUAAAAUGUAACAUUUCAUUUAAAAAAUCUGACUGUUUGAUAGAGAAAUUAAUAUUUGAAUCAAAAGCUGCACUUCAAUGUUUUCCUUCUUCCUGUAAAAACAAAAGUGUUUACUGAAGACAUAAAGUGAUCUCCUUCAGGCUGCAGAUCUCAUCUUCAUCCUGUUCUUCGAGGUCAUGACCUCACUUCAGUUUCUUCUGCCUACUCGGAGCUCUUCCGCACAUUUAUAUGUCCCUUCAUGUGCAGUUCUGUCAUGGUUUGGUCUACUUGUGUAAAUGUCUGCAUGUCUGUUUAUGUUCUUAACAUAACCUGUAACAAGAUGUAUGGAAGUCUGAAGUGUGUUUUUCUCAAUAAAACAAGAAGACAGCAGAGCUGUGGAUCUCUCUGAAAA